UGAACGUAGACUGCCCAUCAUUGUGAUUGUGUACCAGUUGUGAUACCAAUAAAUAGCACAAAUGGGGCUUGAGGCGACCACUCAUCGAGGCGCACAGUCCUCGUCGCACUGUGCAUUCCUAUGCGCCGCAAAUGAACUUCACCAUCUUCUCAGCAACUCACCGUCGCGCCCUGCUGCCCACAUCAUAUCAUGACAAUGCCUCAGCCUGAGCCGGCCGUCCUUGACGCCCUCAGUAGGGUUGCGCGAUGGAGCACACUUGCUGUGCUGUUGAUCGCAGGACGUGGCUGGUAUAAGGGCAAGAUUGAAUGGCUGUACCUCACCUGCGCCAUCGUGGUUUGCGCGGCGACUUUGUGGGCACAGAUUGCCACCUCCUACGUCCCGGAACCAUACCUCGAUGAGGUUUUUCACAUUCCUCAGGCGCAGAAGUAUUGCGAAGGGAAAUGGAGCGAAUGGGACGACAAAAUUACAACACCGCCUGGACUAUACCUCUUGACCACGAGUUUCUCCGUGACUGACUGGUGGAGCAGCAUCAUUCUUGCUCCCAGCUGCGGCGUGUUGUCGUUGCGCACUGCGAAUGCCAUCGUCUUAGCCCCCCUGACUGCCGCCGCGCUUGGAUGCAGACAAGCCAUCGAAUCACUAGGCAAUGGACAUGGUUCGACAAUACGUCGAGACCCGUCGUCAUAUGCUGCUCACACAGCUCUGAACAUUGCGCUUUUCCCACUCCUGUUCUUUUUCUCCGGACUGUACUACACGGACGUGGCGUCGACGUUCGUCGUUCUCGUUGCUUUUCAGAACUCCUUACGCCGCAUGGGACCUGCUCAGCCUACGCUGGCGCGAGACAUCGCCUCGGUUGUUCUUGGUGUGUUGGCCCUUUUGAUGAGACAGACCAACGUGUUCUGGGUUGUUGUCUUCAACGGCGGGCUGGAGGCUGUCCACGCUGUCAAGACGCUGCACCCUAGAAAGGCGAGCGCUCCACAGGGGCUGACGCUCUGGGAGAAGCUCAAGUUCUCUUUGGGAAGAUGGACGAACGGCGACGUGCACGACCUGCCCCUGAAUGUGGCCUGGGAAGAUGACAUGCUUUUCUGCGCACUGAGUCUUCUCAUCGCCGGCGCGUGCAACCCGCUCCGUGUCAUUCGGAAAAUCUGGCCACACAUCACUGUCCUAGGCGUAUUCGUGGCCUUUGUCGUCUGGAACGGGGGUGUGGUGCUGGGCGACAAGUCCAACCACGUUGCGACUGUGCACCUGGCACAAAUGCUCUAUAUCUGGCCCUUUUUCGCAUUCUUCUCACUCCCACUGCUCCUGCCCUACGCCUGGAACUGGGUCUUUUCAGCAAAGAACGUCAAGACUUGGACCGCGCCGGCGGCGCUCCUCAGGUCUGGAUAUGUCUUGGCCACAACUUUACUAUCCUGCGGGAUUGUCAAGUACAACACAAUUGUGCAUCCAUUCACCCUUGCUGACAACAGACAUUACAUGUUCUACGUAUUUCGAUACAUCAUCCGGCGGUCGGGUGCCAUCAGGCAGUUUCUUGUCUUGCCUUAUAGCAUCUGCCGCUGGCUAGUGUUGAACACCUUGGCUGGCCCCGAGAACGGCGGGGCCAUCGAUACGAUCUAUCGCAGUCACCCCUUCAAGGCGGUCAAUGUGAGAUCGUCUGAGGCUGCGAAGCCCGACUUACACUCCAAGGGCAAGCCGACAUCUGGUCAGGUUCGCCCAGCGGAGAGCACAACUCCCGUAGCUACGACGCCUGCCUCCACAUCGACUGCGCUCAUCUUCCUGUUGACAACCGCUCUGUCACUUAUCACGGCACCACUCGUCGAACCAAGAUACUGCAUCAUCCCGUGGGUAACAUGGCGCCUCCUGGUUCCAGCAUGGCACCCGCCACUACCAAGGCAAUAUCAAUCUACAGGGUCGAUGGCCAAGGCUCAAGCCUGGGCAGCAAUUUACGAUAUCCGGCUCGUGCUCGAGACCGUCUGGUUCAUUCUCAUCAACGUUGUCACCAUGGCCAUCUUUCUCUACAAACCCUACGUAUGGCGCGCAGAGGACGGAACAGUGCUGGACGGAGGGCGCCUGCAGCGCUUCAUGUGGUAGA